GCACACCAGGUCUCUGAACCCACCAGGUACAUUGGUUAGCAUUGUUACAUAGCGCUGUGACAAGGUGGAGAAGAUCAGCAGCAUUUUCGGGGCUUUAGGGUUGGUGUCCCAAGGACAACGUGAGAUGCCGUCUAGUGACCUGCAGCAUCGCCCGUGCUCUGCAUCGGCAUCUAGUAGGGACGACGUCAGAUGUUUUAUCGCAAAUAAGCUAGUCCUAUCGGUGAUCGUGCUUGGUGCGAGUGGAGACCUUGCCAAGAAGAAGACCUUCCCUGCCCUCUUCACACUCUUCAAGAAGGGCUUCCUUCCCAAGAACCUGCGCAUCAUAGGAUAUGCACGCUCGAAGCUGAGCGAUGAGGAUCUUCGGGAGAAGAUCAAGGGUUACCUCAAAGGCACAGACGCUGAGAUCAAGGAGUUUCUCAGCAGGAUAUCGUACAUCCCUGGCUCCUAUGAUGGAGACGAAGGGUUCCAGUCCUUGCAAACGAGUCUGGAGACGAGGGAAAAGGGGCACGAGAGCUCGCCGAUCGGGAGGCUCUUCUAUCUGGCGCUGCCGCCAACAGUGUACCCUCAGGUGUGUGCGGGGAUAAAGCGGAAUUGUACGGAGAUGGGGUCGGACGCGGAGGGGUCCUGGCUGCGGCUGGUGGUGGAGAAGCCGUUUGGGAUGGACCUGGAGUCCAGCGAGGAGCUGGCAGACAAGCUGGGCGCGCUCUUCCCUGAGGAUCAGCUCUACCGCAUUGACCACUACCUCGGCAAAGAGCUCAUGCAGAACAUGCUCGUGCUCAGAUUUGCGAACCAAUUCCUGUCGCCGACGUGGCACCGCAACUUCAUUUCCAACGUGCAGAUCUGCUUCAAGGAGCCCUUCGGCACCGACGGCCGCGGCGGCUACUUUGACGAGUUUGGCAUUAUCCGCGAUGUCAUGCAGAACCACCUGAUUCAGGUGCUGGCGCUGCUGGCCAUGGAGCAGCCUGUGACUCUCUCUGCAGAUGACAUCAGGGAUGAAAAAGUGAAGGUGCUGCGGUGUGUGAGCCCGGUGAAGCUGGAUGACACUGUGCUGGGGCAGUACACGGCAGGCGGCGACCAGAGGGGCUACCUAGAAGAUGAGACUGUUCCCAAGGACUCCAAGACACCCACCUUUGCCACCUGCGUCAUGAACAUCAACAACGAGAGGUGGUCGGGGGUGCCGUGGAUCAUGAAGGCUGGCAAGGCGCUGAAUGAGCGCAAGGUGGAGAUCCGCGUGCAGUAUAAGUCGCCCGCAUCAGGCAUCCACCCCAACCUCAACGAGAUGCGCAACGAGCUCGUGAUGCGGCUGCAGCCGGAUGAGGCGAUCUACAUGAAGAUAGUGGUGAAGGAACCCGGCCUGGAGAUGCACCCGACCGUCAGUGAAAUGGACCUCAGCUACAAGCAGCGCUACCAGGGCGCCGACAUCCCUGACGCGUACGAGCGCCUCAUCCUCGACGCGAUCCGCGGCGACCAGCAGCACUUCGUGCGCAGGGAUGAACUGCGGGCGGCCUGGGCGGCUUUCACACCGCUGCUGCACGCGAUCGAUGCCGGAGAGGUGACGCCGCAGCCGUACCCGGCCGGUUCGCGCGGCCCGCCGGCGUCGGACGUGCUUGUGUCGCGCGCCGGCUUUGUCAAGAACACCGAGUAUAUCUGGAAGACCGAGGAGGGCAAGGGCGACAUCUCCUGAGCCCGCCUGCCCCGCACCUUCUGUCCUGAUCACGUUGUUGUUCAUCACAUGCGCGAGUUUGAAUUUGGAUCGCCCGGGCUUGAGGACGACUGCCUCAGGUCAGUCUUUCAAGCGCGCCUGAUUGCCUGAUUGAGACGUGGAUCUUCGCGUGCCGCAUGCCCAACUUUGGAGUUUGGUAGCCCCGGCUGCGUUGUGGUCAGUUGUGGGGACUUCACAUAGCCAGCAUGUUGGCUCGUUUGGUAGCCCAGAGAGGAACGUGAUCUGUAAUGUGAGAGUACCCUGUCCUUUUUCCAUGCAAUUGGAAUACGGCAGCUGCGGUUGCCAACAAAGUGCUGGAGUCAAGUUGGGAUGGGGAACAAAAAGUAUUGUUUGGGGGUGGUCAGCUGUGACACCUCUUUUGGCCAUAGCCUCACAAAAUCUUGCAGCACAAAGGUCUCUGUAUCAUGGUGUCAUGACACUUGUUGAUGCUCUUAUGAAGUGAAACAGCGUCAGCACCACAAAGGCAUUUUCUGUGAAUGUGGCAUUUGUGGUCAAUCGAGCAGUUUUGCAGCACAUUAGCAAAGCGCUAGAAUCUAUCCAAUUGCAGAAUUGGAUUGGCAUACAUGUUGGUGCAGCCAAACACAGAUCCAGAUAUAUAUGGUCCCCGGGGGUGCCAUGUACUACAAGAGACUAGUAGUCUCUUUGCUGUGCCACGUGGCACUCAAUGUGAAUGCACUCAAUGAGAGUGCUCUGAGGUACAGUAGAUCAGCAAAACCCACAGUAUACAAACACAGCAGGUCUGCAGCUUCAGCCUUGGCUUCAAUCAUGAUGAGGGCAGGUGCUUGUCAAGGAUGUCGUCCGCCCAGGGCUGCAGGUCCUUGCAUGCAUCGUAGAGCUCCUGACUUUGGAAGGGCACCGUGUCGCGGGCAGCGGGCAGCUUGCGUGGCUGCCCGGGCGGGGAGAUCCCUGCCACUGUGAUCGCCAUCGUGAUGUCAGCAUAGCUCAGCGUGCCCAGCAGGAACUGGCCCCCACUCUCCUUCAGCUGCGCCCUCAGCUUGCCCACAUACUCCAGUGCCUUGUCCAGGUUCAUGGGAUCAUCCAGAUCGCUGUACUUCUUCUGCAUGCCCUUCACCACUCGCUCGCUCAUGGCCAGGCCCAACCUGCGCCCAAAGGGCAGCCGCAGUAGCAGAGGAGGCAUCAAUCCCAGGCGAGCCUCCUCAUUGCUCAAGGCAGUCUCGAAAGCCACUUUCCUGCCGUAGCUUGAGAUCUGAUUGCUGAUCUCAUCCCAUCGCUUGAUCUCUUCAACUCUGCCUGCUGGGAACAGGCUUGCUGCCUCUGCGCGCUUGCUGUGCGCAUCAGCCCACUGUGCAAUCUCAAAAGACUCAUAUAUGUUUCCGUCCGGCUUAAGCAGCACAGGAGCUGUCACUCGCUCUUUGCUGAAGGCUUUGCCUGCCUUGACCUUCAUCCAGGUCUCGCCGACUAUUGGGGUGUACUCCCAACAGGUGAAUGGAAUUCCAUGGUAUUUCAGUACCCACCUCGCUCUCAAUGAGAAGGGGGAGACUUGCAGACUGAUCAACUCCACUGGCCGUGUCGUUGUCAUCCUAGGCUAGUAUCCUUCUGUGCACAGGAUCUUGAUUGACCGGUGAGACAAGAGAAUU